AUGGACAAUGGAAGCUUCAUGACCAAAGCCGGAUUCGCUGGAGACCCAUCUCCUCUUUGUGUCUUUCCAACCAUUGUCGGAAGACCUCUCCAACAACGAUCGAACAUGUCGUAUGGAAUGAAAAAAACACCUUGCUUUGUUGGAGAUGAACCAAGUCGAAAGGGUCCGGUACAAUGGGAUUGUCCUCUUUCUCGUGGCGUUAUUCACAAUUUCCAAGAUAUGGAAAUCAUUUGGCGACACACCUUUGUCAACGAGUUACGAGUGGAAGAUCCGUUUGUGGUGCUUCUCUCCGAAACUCCUCUCCAUCCAAAAGCGAAUCGAGAGAAAACCACUCAAAUCAUGUUCGAGUCCUUUCAGGUGAGAGCUCUCUUUGUUUGCAAUCAGGCUGUUCUUGCAUUGUUUGCACAUUCGGGACGGACCACAGGAAUGGUGUUAGAUUCCGGAGAGAGUGUUUCCCAUUCCGUUCCGGUCUAUGAAGGUCAUGCUUUGAAACAUGCCGUGACACGAGUGGAGAUGGGUGGCAAUGAGGUGACUCUUCAGUUAUGCAAGUUAUUAGGGGAACGAGGUUUUUCCUUUCGAACCAGUGGUGUAGAAAAGGAACUUGUGAGGGAAAUCAAGCAAAAAUUGUGUGAUGUGAUGCCCUCCUUGUUGGAUUUUGAAUUGGAAAUGAAGAAGCACGACAAGGAGGACAGUUUCAUUUCAAAUAAUCCUCGUUCAACAAUGGGAAAAUCAUAUGAAUUACCGGAUGGAAGAAUUCUCACGAUUGGAAGUGAAAGAUUUCGUUGCACUGAAAUAUUAUUUCAACCUUCUCUCUUGGAUUCAGAAAUGGUGAGUGAAAAAAGCUGCAGUUCACCUGAAGGUUUGCAUGAAGCCCUUGUUCAUUCCAUUUCCAAAUGUGAUCUUGAAUGUAGAAGAGAGUUCUAUUCGAAUAUCAUCUUAUCUGGUGGAAAUACACUGUUUCCAGGAAUGCCAGAGAGAAUACGGCAAGAAUUGGUUCAAAUGGCUCCUCCUUCCAUGCAGAUUGAGGUGGUGGCUUCACCGGAGAGGAAAUACUCUGUGUGGAUAGGAGGAUCCAUGUUGGCUUCCAUGACGACUUGUUUUAAAAGCACCACAUGCAUGUGGAAGGAAGAAUAUGACGAAAUUGGACCCUCACUCGUUCAUCGAAAAUGUUUUUAA